GCGAGCUUCAAUAUGGCUGACAGCGAAGGCACAGUGAUCAUAAUAAAGUUGGAAUUAUAAGAUUUUUGACAAAUUACGUAAACGCAAAUAUUCGCCACGAUGAAUAUGUCCGUGGAGAAGAAGAAGUACCCUUCGGCGUUACCGAUCAAUUGGCACGCGCGAGAGGAACCGUCGAGAAAGAGCCAAAAUCAGUUGACAACGUCCACAACGGGGAAGGAUUAUUAUUACGGCCGGGCUAGAAAUGACUCGUCAUUGGUACCACCGAUCAGACAAACAGCGUCGAUUUUUAAACAACCAGUUACGAUUUACAAGUCGCAAGAAGGAAAAGUGAAGGAUAUUAAACACAACGUUCAAGAGAAACCAAAACAGGAAGGAGCCGAUAAAACUGACGGCAAAUUUGGCUCCCAAGAUAAGCCUAAGCAGCUUUUCUGGGAAAAACGAUUAGAAGGUUUGCGAGCCUGCGAUUCUGAUGGUUAUGAAUUUGAUGGAAUGGACUUGCCCAAGAAUUUAAAACCAGUAGGACCAUAUAUUACGGAAGAAACUUUACUUCAAAGUGUGGCUACCGCAUUACACGUAUCUACUCAGCCAGUCACAGGACAAACAGGAUCAAAAAUGGCUUUGGAGAAGAAUCCUGGAGUAUUUCUUAAUCCUGAUCAACCACUUGUACAGGCGGUCUCGAUAGCGGACGAGGACAUAAAAAGGCAAGAAGACCGAGUAGCUAUUGCGAGAAAAAAGUUACAAGACGCCUUACGUGCUGUUCAAACUUAAAUUACAAAUAUUUAUGCGUA